AUGGUCGAAAAAGAGGCGUCCGCGCCGCUCAGCGUGUCCCGGACCGGGACGGCAAUAACGUAUUUCGACGCUCGGUCGACACAAACCAUAAUGCCUGUGGUGCCGCAGGCGUCGCGCGGCAGGCCAAACAUGAAAUCCAAGCUGACGGACGACCAAAAUUCGUCGGGAAUAGGCAAAGGACCGCGUGCAUUUGUCGCGGCCAAAAUGGCCAUCGGCGAGGGCGAAGCGAUGUACGGCCGACGAAGCGCGGCGGGGUUUGGAGGAAACGGGGUCGGUGAGCACCGCCAGGCGCGACGAGCAGCCAGCGUCAAAGGGAUUGUGUGGUUCAAGCAAGGGUACGACGUCAAUCCCCAGGCCCUGGAUACCCUAAAGAAGCGGGUCCAAUCUGCUGUUGUUUUUCAUAUAUUGGUCCCGGACGCGGAUUCCCGGAUCGGACGUAUGCUGGAUGGUUUGGCUGUGGCUAUUCGUCGGGACCGCCAAGAGUCGGUGAUUCGAGAAGUGAGCCAGACGAUUGUGAAGAUCAUCACGGACGCCGUCGUGCCUGCGUCGCUACACCGUGCCAUUACCGAGCAGAUGGCGUUGACGCGAAACACGCCUUUGAAGAAGGAUGUGUACCGGUUUGUGCGCUGGUUGCGGCAAUAUGCGAUCCCACACGAGCGUUUUGUGGGUUACGAUGAAGAGUUGGAGCCGCCUCAGAAGCCGGACCUACUGAAGCCGCCCGGGUCGAAGGACUUGGGAGUACGCAGGAUCCCGAGGGGAGACGCGAAGCCCCUGGCACCUGCUCCGAACGCAUCAGCUAUUGGUGCACCGAACAACGGUUGUCUGAAGUGUGAGUCGACCAGCCAUCGGGUCCGGGAAUGUCCCGGGGUCACCCCCUAA